AUGUCUUCCGAGUGUAUCUCUUGUCAGAAACUUGUCCGAGCGCGUCAACAAGGACUUCAAUGCCACGGCUGCAACAGGUGGCAACAUCGCGUCUGUGGAACUGGAAUCAGCUUAGCUGAUUAUCGUGAAGCCCUCCUGACUGAUUCACCUAUCGACUGGCGCUGCGCAGAGUGUAUGUCAGAGUCCCUCCUCCCCGUGGCGGAAAGCACUCCUGUGGACUUCGUCGCCAACUCCGUCCUCGAGUCAGACAUCGACGAGCCUACUGCUGACGAGCCAGUUCCGGAUUCCGUGGCCGCUGAUUCUUCCGAUUCUGACGUCCUCGCAGACGUCGGCGCAGCAGUCUCAGCCACUAUCUCACCCAAAGUCAAAGCGAUCGCCGCCGAGAACAUCUUCCGACCAGCGUCGAGUAUCGACGAGGAGAUACUUCUACAAGAGCUGACUGAUGCUCCCUGCCCGAGUCUACCCAAACCUGAAUACAUCGCCAGGACUGCCAACCGGUUCCACCAACGCCUGAGGCCAAAAGACCCAACAGACUUAGCCUUCGGGUUAGAGCACGACCACCUCCCGGCUGGCUUCUUCCGCGCCGAUGUUCAAGUACAUGGCCGUCGCCACUUGAUGUUUGCCACAGAACAGCAACUACAGUACCUCGCCCGAGCAAAGAACUGGUACGUGGACGGCACCUUCAAACUCUGCAGACCUCCCUUCACCCAGCUCCUCACCGUGAACGCCUUCGUAAAACAGGAUGAUCACGCCAAGCAGGUGCCCCUCCUGUUCGUCGUAAUGUCGGGGAAGAACAAGAAGGACUACCGAAAGGUCUUCAAACAGCUGCUCGAGAUACUUCCAACAGCGCCUGCAGUGAAGCGGAUAACCCUCGACUUCGAGAAACUGAGAAACCGGUUUCCUGAUGUCAAGCUGCAGGGAUGCGCAUUCCACUGGACGCAAGCUCUGUGGAAAAAGGUUCAGGCGCUUGGGCUGACAAACAGUUAUUACAACGACAGAGGCACCUACACUUACAUCCGUAAGAUGAUGGCACUUCCGUUCCUGCUCGAGGGAGAGAUCCUGACCGAGUUUCAGCGUCUUCAACGCCAGGCAGAGUCCCCGGCCUUAGCAGAGUUCGCCGAGUAUGUCAACAGUACCUGGAUCAGCAACGCGACAUGGAGCCCUGCCGACUGGACAGUCUUCAAACAAGCAGUACGAACGAACAACGACCUCGAAGGCUGGCACCACGGGAUCAACCGUCAAGCGGCUUGCAAGUCACAACUCCCACUUUACGUCCUGAUCAAGCUGCUACACCAGGAGGCCCAGCUGACAGCUAUCCAGAUCCGUUUGGUAUCAGAGAAAAAACUUCGAAGGAUCCAGCGCCGCAAAUACAGAGACCUGCAGGCAAAAAUCUUCGAUCUCUGGGAGCAAUAUGACAACAACGAGAGGUCCGCCAGACAGCUACUGAAAGCCUGUUCUUUCCUGAACGGUCCUGUUUAAAGAGCAGCAGACACCACAACCAUCACAAACAAAAGGCUCCUUUAGGAGCCACCAAAUAAAAUAAAAG